AUGAGUGAUUAAGGUAUAAUACAUUUCAGCAUAACUAGAAGUUCAAAAUGAAGCCCAAACGUAGAUUUAGCCUUAAGAGAACUAAAAGAGACUCGUACAUCUAUCUAGUUUAGUGAAUCAUGUAUAAAGUUCAUGAUAUAAAAAAUAGAUGAUUGAACAAGGCAAGGAUGAUCCUGGGGAUUUAGUGGAAUUUAGUGUGCAUGGAAAACUAUUGGCAGUAUGUAGAUGGUUAUUAUCUUUAGUAUACAAGAAAGUCAUUGAAUUUAUUCGAUGCUGAGAACAAAAUUAGAUUAUGGGCAAUUUGGAUGAUUGAGUGGAUGUAUAUAUAGGAUAAUUUAUAUAAUAGCUGGUUUGAAAGAUUCAUAAUAACUGUCAUUUUUUUAAAUUCAAUUUUAUUGGCAACAUAAGACUACAGUUGGAGAGAGAAUAAUUCAGAAGCACCAAGUAAUUGGACAGAUAGUUUAGAAUAUUUGUUUACUGCAAUAUUUAUUAUAGAGUUCCUUUUAAAAAUGAUAGCUAUGGGGUUUUUGCUUGAUAAAUAAACAUAUUUAAGAGAUGGUUGGAACUUUAUUGAUUUUAUUGUAGUAAUAACAGGAAUCAUAUCACUUUUCAUUUCUGCUAGAGUUUCAGCAAUUCGAAUCAUCAGAAUAAUGAGACCUCUAAGAUCAAUAAAUUCAUUGAAGGAGAUGAAAGUUCUAAUCAUAACAUUAUUAGAUUCUUUGCCUGCUUUGGGUAAUGUGGUUAUUUUUUUACUAUUUAUCAUAAUACUCUUUGGAAUAUUAGGAUUGCAAAUAUUUAUGGGUGCAUUAGAAAACAGAUGUAGAGAGACAGAAUAUCCUAUAGGAAAUGUUUGGAAAGCCUCUAAUUACUCAAAAUUAUGUUAAGAUUCUUCAAACUGUCCUGAAGGAACAUAUUGUGGGAAUCCAAAUAAUUAUAAUCUACCUUAAUAAGAAUCAGAUGAUGAAAACUUUAAUUAUGGUUAUACGAAUUUCAAUAAUAUCAUUUUUGCUACAUUUACUAUAUUUUAAGCUUUAACAACAGAAGGUUGGACUAAGUUAAUUUUUAUGUAUUAGGAAGCAUUGUCAACAGCUAUAGUUUACAUUUACUUCUUAUUGUUAAUAUUUUUGGGAUCCUUCUUUGUUGUAAACUUAAUUUUAGCUGUCAUUAAUGAUAGUUUUGUGGCUGCAUAAUCGAGAUCAAGUAUUAAGAAUUCAUAGGCAUCAGCUUCAUCUUAACAAUUAGAUGAACAUGAAGAAGAGUUAGAAUAAAAUGAGGAAGAAGAACAAUAAGUUGAUCCAAUAGCAUUGACCAGCAAUAUUAAUAAUGGAGAUUAGACAUAAAAUCAUUAAAUAGAACAAGAAUAAUAAAUAAUCGAGUAAAUACCAUAAAAUAAAAAUGAAAUAAAUACAAUUAAAAAUAAGGAUAAUUAAAAUAAUGGUGAAUAAUAAUAAAUUUCUAAGAGUAAUACUGUUGAACAAGUUCAAUAACCACGUAGAUAAUCAUCUAAAUAAAAAAGUUUGAAAUUAAAUUAAUCUAAAUUUAGGUAAUUUCAAUUAGUUUUAAUUAUAAUUAUUGAAAAUAGGUAUUUUUUGGCUUUUAUAACUUCUGUUAUUAUUUUAAAUACAAUUACUUUGUCUUUAGACAGAUAUCCAAUUUCAAAAACUGAAAGUGAUAUCUUAGAUAUAGCUAAUUAAGUAUUCACUGUCAUUUUUACAUUUGAAAUGACUUUAAAAUUAAUAGCAUUUGAUACUAAUUAUUUAAAGGAUUCAAUGAAUAUUUUUGAUGCUAUAAUAGUUAUAUUAUCAUUAAUUGAAUGGAUUCUUAGUAGUGCAGGCAAUGAUUCAAGUGGAGGUAGCUUUUCAGCAAUAUAGGCAUUUAGAACAUUAAGAUUAUUUAGAUUAUUUAAAUUAGCACGUACAUGGAGUAGUUUUAGGAAAUUAUUAAGUGCUAUUGCAGCUACUGUAGGGGGUAUUGCUUAUUUUAUUAUUCUAUUAUUGUUAUUUAUGUCUGUUGCAGCUCUUUUGGGAAUGGAAUUAUUUGCUUACAAAACACCUUAUAGAUAUAACUUUAAUAAUUAUUUGACUUCAAUGUUGGUUGUAUUUAUGCUUUUGACUAAUGAGUCUUGGAAUACAAUUGCUUAUACAUUUAUGUAUGACUUGGAAUCUAUAUAUCCAGUAAUUUAUUUUGUUAUAGUAAUUAUAUUUGGAAACUUCAUAUUGUUGAAAUUAUUCAUAGCUAUUUUAAUAAAUAAUUUUCAUGAAGCAAAUGUAGAUUCAAAUUAAUCUAUUGAAGAAAAUCAUAAUCUUCAUUCAAGUAGACAUGAUUAAUCUAUGGCAGAAAAUUAAUAAAGUAUAAAAAUAAAUCAAAUUUCACCAGAGUAGGCUUAAUAAUCUUUUUAAGUUAUUAAAUCUGCAUCUAAUUAAUAAACAAAUAACAAUUCAGCUACAAGAUUUAAGAAUUUAUCAUAAUAAUUUAUGGCAUCAGCAAUAGUUUUUAAUAGUACAUUAAAUUAGUCUUAGCUAGAAGGAGUAUCUUUGUAUAUAUUCUCACCUUAAAAUAAAAUUAGAAUUAAAAUUAGCAAAUUUAUUAACCAUAAAUAUUUUGAGUUUUUUAUCUUAAUUAUAAUCAUAAUUUCAAGCAUAUUAUUAGCAUUAGAUGAUCCACUAUCCUCAUCAAAUAGUAUAACUCUUAAUGUAAUUGAUGAAAUUAUUACAGCCUUAUUUAUUUGUGAAGCUUUAUUAAAGAUAAUUAGUAAGGGAUUUAUAAUAAAUGGUCCAGAUAGUUAUAUUAGAUCUCCAGGUAAUAUUUUAGAUCUUGUUGUUAUCAUUUUUUCAUCUUUAGCAUUUGAUUAAAAUUAAGCAUAAACAUUUUCAAAAAUAAAGAUUUUAAGAGUUAUUAGAGUACUAAGACCUCUUAGAUUGAUAGUAAGAAAUGAAGAUUUAAAAAUGUCUAUAAAUGCUUUAUUCAAUAGUUUAUCUUAGAUGAUGAAUAUUGCUUUGGUUUGUCUAAUUUUCUUUUUAUUAUUUGGAAUAUUUGGAGUAACUUAAUUUAAAGGAGCAUAUUAUUAUUGUGAUAUAUAGGAUGUAGAUGAUAAAUUAGAAUGUUUUGAUAAAGGGGGAUCUUGGUCAAAUAAAAAUUUUAAUUUUGAUAAUGUAUUGAAUGCAAUGAUUACUUUAUUUGUAAUAUCAACAACUGAAGGAUGGAUUAAUUUAAUGUCUGAUGGAAUUGAUAGUAGAGGUAUUAAUUUGAAUCCAAAAGAAAAUUAUGCAUAUGGAUGGGCAUUUUAUUUUGUAUUUUUUAUAAUAGUUGGUUCAUUUUUUAUAAUCAAUUUAUUUGCAGGAGUUAUAGUUGAAGCAUUUUAAAGUGAGAAAGAGAGAUUAAGUUAAAUGAGUGAUUUAAGUAAGUAAGAAUUAGAAUGGUAUGAAAUUUAACAAAAAAUAUAUUAAAGUGCUCCAAUUGAGAAAUUCAAAAUUUCUAAACACAAAUUUAUUAGAUAACUUAAUGAAAUUAUAUCAUCAAAUAAAUUUGAGAUAUUCAUAUUAAGUGUUAUAAUUUCGAAUACUUGUGUAAUGAUGAUCUAAUUUUUAAGAUCUCCAUAAGAAUUAACAGAUGCCAUAUAAAUUUUAAAUUGGAUAUUUUUGGCUGUUUUUUCAGUAGAGGCAAUAUUGAAAUUAAUAGUAUAUAGGACAUUUUAUUUCACAUCAGGUUGGAAUGUUUUUGAUUUUACAGUUGUUUUAUUAACAAUAUUAGGUGUAAUAUUAGAGUAAAGUAAUGUAUUAAGUAAUGUUGGUACAGCUACAUCUAUUUUAAGAACAUUUAGAAUUUUUAGAGUAUUAAGACUAAUUAAGAGUGCAAAAAAUUUAAGAAUUAUUUUUGGAACAUUUUUAGUAACAUUACCUGGAUUAGUAAGUGUAGGUGGAUUAUUAGGAAUAAUGUUAUUUAUUUUUGCUGUUGUUUUUAUGAAUUUAUUUCCAUAUGUAAAAAGAGGUGAAGGAGUAACAGAAAAUUCAAAUUUUAGUUCAUUUGGAGUUAGUUUAUUUACAUUAUUUAAAUGUUCUACUGGAGAAGAUUGGAAUUUAGUAAUGAUGGAUACUGCAAGAACUGCAUAACCAAAUGAUAUUUGUUUUGAUUUUAAUGAUUAUGCUAAUUAUGCUGAAUAUGGAUUUAUGGGAUGUGGAAAUGUUGGUGGAAUAUUAUUAAUGAUUAUAUUUAUGAUUAUUGUUUCUUUGAUUAUGUUGAAUUUAUUUGUUGCAAUCAUUAUUGAAGUAAAUAUUUUAUAAUUAUUAAUUAAUAGGGAUUCUAAAAUACAAGUAAAGAAGAAAAUGCUCCAAUAAAAAAGUAAGAUGUAGAGAACUUUUAAUAAUUAUGGAAGGAUUAUGAUAAGAAUGCUACUGGUUUUAUGUAAUGUAAAUAUUUCACUUAAUUUAUGAUUGGAUUACCAUAACCUUUAGGAGUAAUUAUAUUUAUUUUAUAUUAUUAGUGGUCUAAAUUGAAAUAUUCAGCAGCCUAAUAAAGAAUACGUAUGGCUUAAUUAAAUUUACCUGUAUAUAAUUUGAAUGGCAAAAAUAUGUAUUUUUAUUAUCAAGCUCUUAUUUGUGUAGCAUAAGAUUUCUUAGAAUCAAGUGGAUAUGUUUCCAAGUAAUAGAAUUUAUAUUUUAGUUUUGAAAUCUCAAAAGAUAUUAUUAAAUUGAAACUUCAACCAUUAAUUGAAAAAGCAUUUUCUCAAGUUUCUAAUUUAGAAACUGAGUUUGAUAGUGGUUAAUUUAUGGCAGCUGUUUUAAUUUAACAAAAUGCCAGAAGGAGUUUUCAAAGAUUAAAGAAAUCUAAAAGUUCUGUAGUUGUAGCCUAGUAUACUAAUGAUGACGAAGUUUAAUAAUUCGUUGCUUGA